AGAAGACAAACCUGAAUUAAGGCGCUUGCCUUGUAGGCUCUUGCACUGACGUUCUGACUGGAAAAUAUACUAAAAUUCAGAAAGUUUUGCCUCAUACAGAUUCUGUGGUGCUGUACCGGGUUUAUGCGGCGACGUUUUGCGGCGGGCAGCAAGGAGGAGCUGCAGGGACCGCCCCUGUGCCCAAAGCCGGGCAGCCUCCCCGCAUCGCACCAGUGCCAGCCGCCCCCAGGGGCCCCGCCGCUGCACACAGCUGCCUCUCUGCCAGCACGCAGCGCCGGGGACGGGACUCGAACGGCUCUCAGCAGUGGGGCAGCAGGAGGCGACACACGGCGAAUGGAGACGUUCGCGGCCACGAGCUACCGAGGCCAUGCCUAAGGAAGUCGAACACCCCACCACAAGCGAGUCUCAGUCUCCGGAGCAGACCCCACGAGCACUAGCACAGCCUUCCCCGGGCGUUCCCUUCUCAACGCAACAGAACCUCCCGCGCAGAGCCAUUUAAAUUCGAGCCCUCAGCGCCCCCCCCCGCCCGCAGCCAGGUGUGCGGAGCUGUGCGCUGACGUCACACACACGCAGGACGGGCUGAGUUUCGCGCCCGCGUUCCGCUCUCUCCCUCCGGCCGCUCGAUGCUGUACGCAGGCGCGCUCGCGCCCGCCCCGCCCUCCCCCGCGUGCACGCGCACGCCCCCUUCCUCUCCCUCCCACGGCGCUGUGGGCUGUGCGCGCCGCCGAGAGCUCCGGACGGGCGGGGGCGGCGAUAGCAGCCUCGAGGAGCGCGGAGCGGUCGCUUCCGCCGGCAGCGUGUCUCCGGGGACGGAUCGAGGGAAGCCUCCCCCUCCCUUCGUUGCGGGGCUUUUUAACGAUUUUGGUGUUUUUUUGUUUGUUUGGGUUUUUUUUGCUCCGCUCUCUCUUUACUUGCGCGUGAGGUAAACGUGGUGCGCGCUGCCAGCGCUUCAGGUGGGGAAGGAGGGAGAAAGAAAGCGGGCGGGCUUUGCUCCCCCGCGCUCCUCAGCGUCUCUCCGGAGCUCUCCGCGCCCCGCUUCUCCCCGCGGCGAGGUACGCAGCCCCUGCCGCGAUGGGCUGCACGCUGAGCGCCGAGGACAAGGCGGCGGUGGAGAGGAGCAAGAUGAUCGACAGGAACCUGCGGGAGGACGGCGAGAAGGCGGCCAGGGAGGUGAAGCUGCUCCUGCUCGGAGCUGGUGAAUCAGGGAAAAGCACAAUUGUCAAACAAAUGAAGAUUAUCCAUGAAGCUGGUUAUUCAGAAGAAGAAUGUAAACAGUACAAAGCUGUUGUCUACAGUAACACCAUUCAGUCAAUUAUUGCUAUCAUUAGAGCAAUGGGGAGGUUGAAGAUAGACUUUGGUGAUCCAACCAGGGCUGAUGAUGCUCGUCAACUCUUUGUGUUAGCUGGAGCAGCAGAGGAAGGAUUUAUGACUGCAGAGCUUGCUGGUGUUAUCAAAAGACUAUGGAAAGACAGUGGAGUACAAGCUUGUUUCAACAGAUCUAGAGAAUACCAGCUUAAUGACUCUGCUGCCUAUUACUUGAAUGAUUUGGACAGGAUAGCACAAACAAGCUACAUUCCAACUCAACAGGAUGUUCUCAGGACUAGAGUGAAAACUACAGGAAUAGUGGAAACUCACUUUACUUUCAAAGAUCUUCAUUUUAAAAUGUUUGAUGUUGGAGGCCAAAGAUCAGAGCGGAAGAAGUGGAUUCAUUGUUUUGAGGGUGUUACAGCAAUUAUUUUCUGUGUGGCAUUAAGUGAUUAUGACUUGGUCUUGGCUGAAGAUGAGGAAAUGAAUCGGAUGCAUGAAAGCAUGAAAUUGUUUGACAGCAUCUGCAACAACAAAUGGUUCACAGACACUUCUAUAAUUCUCUUCCUGAACAAGAAAGAUCUUUUUGAAGAAAAAAUCAAGAGGAGUCCUCUCACUAUUUGCUACCCUGAAUAUGCAGGUUCAAACACUUAUGAAGAAGCAGCUGCUUACAUUCAGUGUCAGUUUGAAGAUCUUAACAAGAGAAAAGACACAAAAGAAAUCUACACUCACUUCACAUGUGCCACGGAUACGAAAAAUGUGCAGUUUGUUUUUGAUGCUGUAACUGAUGUCAUUAUUAAAAAUAACCUUAAAGACUGUGGUCUCUUCUAAGAACAGACAAGACAUUGUUAAAUGGUUUGAAGAAUGACUUCACACAAUUCUUAUCUGAUUGAUUUCAAGAUGAAAGAUAUACAAAAUAUGUUGUGCUGAAUGAUAGAUCAGUACUGUACUUGCCUGUUUUAACAGCUUUAUUUAUGUUUGUCUUGUAAUUUAAGUAAUUAGGUAACACUGAGAUGUCUUUUGACUGUAUGUAAACUUGUAGUAAUGUAUUUGUAUAAACGUUGAACGGAAUACUUUGGUAACUUGUCCUCUAAAAUUUCUGUGGUUUAUGAAGAUACUCUUAGAGGAGACUUUUUGCCUUUUGGUUAUUUAAACAUCUUGUAAAAUUAAAUUUUCUUUUCAUCUAGAGGGUGCAUGCUACUUUAUUCUUUACUUUUUGUUGGUAAUACUGUAUAUGGCACUAGCUUUUUUGAUAUUUAAACAGCUUCAUACACCUGCUCAGAUUUAAAGAAACAUAACUAAUAAAACUUGGUUUCUUUGCCUUAAGUUUUGGGGGAAAAAAAGUUUUUUAAAUUUAGGUUGAAUACAAAAAUUAUUUUUAAAACUUAAGUGAAAUCCACAGCUUAUGAAAUCUGGAUUUGCAGUCUUUGCAGUGCAAAUGUGACUAUAUUGAAAAACUGAAUUUGAAGGUUGAAAUAUCAUUGAAGCUCAUGGAAAUGCAAAAAGGAAGUUGUUAAAAACACACUUGUAGAAAUAAAAGAAAAGUUUGAAACUAAUCUUUACUCACUGGAGUGAAUGGCAGUUUUUUUUUGGACCUUUAACAAAGGCUGGACUUCCGAUUAAUGUGAUUUUUUUCUGCUUAAUAAUUGAAAUGAUUUUAUCCUUUAACUCUUUGCUAUCUUGUGGUAAUAAAGCUAAAACUAAUUUGCUAAUUUAAUAACCAUAGAAGUAUUAGGUUUUCCCACAAGACAUGGCCCAGUGUUUAAAGUUUAAAGCAAUUUGCUGUUGCUUAUUAAGAAGAAUCUUCAGUAUAUUGGGUAGGGUGACUUAGUGACUUGGAAGAUGCUGAUUCUUUAAUUUAGUUGUGUUUAAAGACUCAUACUUUCAUUUAAAAAUAAGUUAAAGAAAAUGAUUUUCUUCUGGUUAUGCUUUCAUUAUGUGAUUUUCAAUUUUAGGUAUAUAUCAUCCAUUGCCUUAUGGUUAGUGCCAAAUCUGAUUUUUAUACCUAUUUUAAAAUGAAUAAGCUUCUAUUUGUAAAUAAGUUUCUGGAUGGUUGUCUUAAAUGUAUGUCUUCUACAUAAUACAGACGUACCAAACUUGGAAAUAUGAUUUUCUAUAAUUGUUAGAAUAUUCCAGGCAGCUACAGUACACUGUAAGUUUUUUGAGAAUGAUUCUUUGAAUCUGUUGCUAUUUUUCUAUGUUAUCUUAGCUUACUGUUCUUAGAAGCAUUCAACCAAGAUAUUAAAAUCAUUGUUCUGUUAUUUAAUUUUUUAUUGCGUGAAUGUUUCAUUAGGCCUUAGCUUGAGUAAAACUUCAAUGCUUCCUUUGUUAGGUACAGAAUUACUUAAACUUUCAUUUGAAACACGUUUAGAAAGGAGUUUCUAAUUUAUUACUGGAGGUUGUUAAAUAUAUUCAUACGUUAUGAGCUCUUUCAGCAGUUGUAGUAAACAAUCUGUAUAUCCUGGGCUGCUUUUAAUUGUGCUUUACAGUUCUGGAUACGUAACUGAUUUUAAAUUUCAUUGAAUAAGUUUGUGGAAAUUGUAUUUACACCUACGUUAAAGUUGGUUUUUGUACUUGAUGUAAAACAGAAUUGGGAUUAAUCAAAUUACAUAAAUAAAUUCAAAUUUUGUGCCUUGCUUGAAA